GGCUGGCCUACCAGGGAAAUGGAGCCUGGGCGUCAAAUGGCUUGGUGUAUGGGAGUGAGCAGAGACGAGGAGGCCGCUCCACCCCCAGUUCCUUAUGGGUCCUGCUGCGGCUCUUUGCUUUUCUACGUAGCAUCUUCGUUUGGGAAAAGCCAGAAGUGGAAUAACGACAGGGAACUGCCAAACGGAAAGACGUUUCCCCUUCUCCGUUUGGGAGGGCAGCGCUCAGUCACUGACAUCCCAGCGAGCAAUGAAGGACAUACAGUAUAGCUUUUGAUAUAGCGUGGCAUUAAACAGGAAUGAUGGCAGCUUUGGAUAAAAUAAAAGCGAAAAAGACUCUGGGAACUGUUGAUUAUGUGGAGUCAUCUGAGUUUGCACAAGGAAUUCUGCCUACGAAGAAGGAUGUCAUUCAAAACAUGUUGUAUUUGUUGCAUCCCAAAAGAGCUGGCCAGGCACAACGAUCCAAAGAAGAUGCUGCCCAGUUGCUUGCUGAACUUUUGCAGGAACAUUGGUUGUUUUGCAAUCUAUAUACCAUAGCAACACAGAGCAUAAAGAAGCAUAUUUUAAAAGUGUAUGAAGAAUUCUCAAAAUUAUACCAAUCCAGAAAGCGAAGAAAAAAUGAGCUGUUUACCCAGAAAGCAGAUGACUUCAACAAAAGUUCAGAACAACUUUUUGAUAUAUUUUGUACAGAUACUGUUACACGAGAGAAAUUGGAGCAGUAUAGUGGUGUGAAGAUGACAGAUACUGAAUGGAAAUUCCUUGAAGAUCAGAGGAAUGAAAGAAAAAUGUACUUUGAGGACUUCAUGGACAAGAAACAAAUGGAAACAAUAGAAAGACGAAGAAAGGUUGAGUCAUUAGAGCAUUUCAGGAAGAUUGCAGAAGAAGAGAAGGAAGCUUGUAAGCAUGAAGAAAUAACUUCAAAUAGGGAUGAACAGCCAGUUGAAGAUGUUAAGAAUAAAGAUGACUCCUGUCUUGAACACAACAAAGGAAUUGGAGGUUUUUCAGAUAAAGCAAAAAGAAAGCGUCUGUCUUCUUGCUGGGUUACUGGGACAGCAACUUCAACCACUUACAAUGAGUCAGUUCCCUCCGAAAGUCACCAUCUACGUAUGAAUAUCAGAAAAGUCAGACCAGGAUUCUAUGAGACUUUUGACAAAUAUAAGAACUGCUAGCUCGGUAUCUGAACUCUCUGGAGAAGAGAGUUACAGACUUACAGGAGAUCUUAAAGUACCCAGAUUAUUUGGGAGUUGGUGUAGAUAAUUAUGUUGGGCUCCAUUAUUGUACAACAGCAACACCAAACCAUUGGUAACAAUAGUCCAUGGAAAAGGAUAAGAUGCCAGUCAUUUAGGUUUAUAGCAAUAUAUUCACAAGGAGAAAGUAUUCGUUAUGAAAAAGCUAUAACAUUAGCAAAGGAGGUCAGAAGAUCCAGUGCUUAUAAGCUUAAAAAAAACAAGCAGAUGUGAAUAGGUUACAUUCUAUGAGAAUAAUGUAAUCACUUCAAUGAACUGGUUAGGAAGAUGAUGCUUUCUCCAUUAUGUACAGCAUUCAAAUCAGACUGGGCAUACUAAAAACCUUUUGCUGAAAAUGUAGUAUGGAGGUCUGAGAAAGAAAAAAUGAUGAGCAAAUUAAAUAAUGUGUUCCCCAUUCCAGCUCUGCAUCUCUGGAGACUGGAAGACCAUAUCCAAUUCAUUAACAUAAGUAGCUAAAGAAAUGGCAACUGAAAGGAGCAUAAUCCAUGUUCUUUGUGUAACAUUGGAAUAUUGAGGAUCACAAUAAACUGCAAACUCAAACCAUGACAACUGAAACAGUGUCCCUUAAGGAAAACCAGUAAUUGGUCCCUGUGAUUCAGAAAGUGCUGUUGUUUUCUAGGGGUAAAAAAACCAGUAAUACCUGGCUGGCCCUAAGAGAUGUAGUAUAUAUAACUUGCAGUUAAUACACUGAGAUUCAAAUGGUUUUGAAUCUCAGGUCUAGGUAUUUGUAGACAAAGAAAUGGGUUUGCUUACUUAACCUAAUAGAUAGUUGCUAAGAGACCCCUAUACUCUGGCAAACUAGUUCUAGUAGAUAACUGGAUAACUUUUUGGGAGAAAAGAGGAAUUUAAAACAAUGGCUUAAGAUAUCAGUGUGCUGGUGACAAUUCUUAGCAAUUAAAUAUCUUGGUGGUAAUAAAUUAUGUGGAAAAGUAGAAUCUAUAGUUGAAAGUAAGAUGUGAAGAUGUGUAAUACACAAUAUGAUAAAAUUAGGUGAACUUGCCUAAAGAUUUAACAAAAAAAGUCUCAUAGACUGAUAAUUUUAAAUGAGUGCACUGUGAUGUUUGCAACAACAGAAAUACCUAGCUACUUAGUCAUGCCAACUGAAUUGUAAAUAAGUUGUUGAAUCUUUAAAGAUUUAAAAUUUUUAAAUAGUUUUAAAUCUUUAACUUGUAAUUCUGCAUAAAGUAGCUAGAUACAUAUUUUUAUUUCAUUUCACAUCUAAAAGUUUUUUUUCCUAUAUUCUUAGCAUUGUACUAGAUAACC